CUCCUGAUUGGCCGGCCGCGGCGGUCACGGGCCGGGCGCACCGGGACUGGAGCCAACGAGGCCGGAGCGGGAGUAACGGGACUCGCGGCGGCGGGUCGCGGUCCCGGAGCCCGAGGAGCUGGCGUCGACGCCGGCCUGAAGCCGAGGGUGGGAGCCCGGCCGGGACGCGCGCACCAUGCCCUACCUGCUCAUCAGCACCCAGAUCCGCAUGGAGGUGGGCCCCACCAUGGUGGGCGAUGAGCACUCAGAUCCAGAGCUAAUGCAGCAUCUGGGGGCCUCAAAAAGAAGCGUCCUAGGAAACAACUUUUGGGAGUACUACGUCAAUGACCCCCCUCGCAUAGUCCUGGACAAGCUGGAACGCAGGGGCUUCCGUGUGCUGAGCAUGACGGGGGUGGGCCAGACGCUGGUGUGGUGCCUGCACAAGGAGUGACCCCCUCACAUGAGUAGUAGACGGGGCACCCCUUUGGAGGGGUUGCCAUGGGCCCCAACCUCCCCCCUCCCCCCACCCCCCGACCCAGCCUCACUCACUGCCCUGCCCUUCUCUUCCCAAAUCAUCACUCUCCUUGGCCCAGAACACUGGGCAGUGAAGGGCCUUCCCUGAAACCUGCCUCAGCAGGAGGGAGGGCAGGGCCCCUUACCCUGGUGCUCCCUGCUGCCCUUCUGGCUUCAGGCCUGGCCGAGGGCCCUGGAAGGGGCCAUGUUUUGUGGGCAGGCCUAGGGGCCAGCAAAAGCCAGGCUACCCCUGGCCAGGAGCUGGGCAGACCAUGGCCCCAGGACUGGG